AAUCACAACGGGCGUAGUCUUAUCUACCUUUUCUACAGUCGUGGGUCCUCGCAAAUAGGGACACAAUACGUCCACAAGUCGUCUGUUAACCAUGGCUCAUCACAAAGGUUGGGCUUUUGCUUCAAUUGCAAUUGGUUUCCUUGUUUGUCAACUCGAAUUUAAGGGAGCUUAUGCACAGGAAGAAGGUCACUGCAUUUGGUAUGAACAAUGCAUAAGCGAUACAAAGUACGACGAAAAAAAUUGUUUCUAUAACGGUUCUGCAAAGCCCGUGGAAUCCGCAGAGGGUUUAGAAAUUCUACGAAGUCGAUGUCCACAUUUCAUAAAUGAGGAUGGAACUGCCGAGACUUGCUGCGAUUUAAAACAAAUGAAAUCGAUGGACGAGAGCAUCCAGAAAGCGGCCGGUCUGCUCCUCAGGUGUCCGUCGUGCUACAGAAAUCUCCUGCAGCAGAUUUGCGCGUUUUCCUGCGGUCGCAACCAGAGCGAGUAUAUAAAAAUCGUCGACCAACGACCGAUCGCUGGAGACAAAAUAGCCAUUUACGAGAUUGACAUUUAUCUCACAAGUCGCUACAUGAACGAAACUUACGAGGCGUGCAGCGAGGUCAUCAUCCCUAGCAGUGGGCAACUAGCUUUGGACGCCGCGUGUGGCACUUGGGGAUCUAAACAAUGCACUCCGCAAAGAAUGUUUGACUUUUUGGGUGAUCACACAAAUAAUCCUUACGUGCCUUUCCAAAUGAAUUACAUCCCCACGGAAGAACCCUUUGACGAGUACACUCCCCUGGACCCUUACACCACUCGCUGCAGUGAACCUUUUAAUGACGAUUCGUGGCCGUGUAGUUGUGUAGACUGUUCGGAAUCGUGUCCUGCUGCACCUCCACCUCCUCCUCCGGUAGAACCAUGCAUGGUUGGUGAAGUGACCUGCAGCACUUUUUCUGCUAUAAUUAUUUUCAGCGUCGUCUCCGUGGCUGCGGCAGUUUGCAUUACGUACCUGAAGUACAGGAAAAGGAAAAGAGCCUAUUCUAAUGAUACAACGGAAACAGCGAGCUCCACCGAGGGCGACGACGCUCUCAAAUCGAUGCACAACGCCGGCGACAAAAUGACUGAAUUCCUCGAGAGAGCCUUUUUCCAAUUAGGAAUGUUUUGCGGUCGCCAUCCGUCGAUCGUGCUUGGCUGCGGCGCCGUUUUCGUGCUUGUGCUUCUGCAGGGCAUCUUCAUUCUUGAGGUCACGACGGACCCGGUGAAAAUUUGGGCUUCGCCGACCAGCAGAUCGAGACAGGAGAAGGACUUUUUCGACUCGCGAUUCAGGCCUUUCUAUCGAACGGAGCAAAUUUUCUUCAAGGCAGUCAAUAUGGAUGAUGUUUUUCACGAAACUGCGGAUGGUGAGGUGAUUUUUGGGCCAGUUUUCAACAAAACGUUUUUAGAGGUCGUUUUCAAACUUCAGGAGGAAAUCCAACAGUUGGGUGAAGACAUAAACGGUGCGCCAUUGCUCAAGGACGUUUGCAAUGCACCGAUGACCAACGCGUUCACCGGACCACGUGUUGUGGAGCAGUGCCUGAUACAGAGCGUCUUUGGCUUUUUCAACAACAGCUGGACAAAAUUCAACGAGGUCAAACCGGGCCCAGAGAACACGAAUUUGACCUAUCUCGAUCACAUACAAAGUUGCAUAGGAAAUCCGUACAAUCCAGUUUGUUUCGCACCCUACAACGGCCCAAUUUUGCCAUCGGUAGGUCUGGGUGGCUACCUGCGUCCCGGCGAGUUGUCCGGCGAUGCCAACGACAUGAUCAAGGCUAAAGCAUUGGUGCUCACCAUCCUGGUGGACAAUUAUAUUGAAGGGGACAAAGUUGCGCCCGCCUUCGAGUGGGAGAAGAAUUUCAUCGCGUUCAUGCAGAAGUGGGAAAAGGAAAGCAAACCAGAAUUUAUGGAGAUCGCCUUCAACUCGGAAAGGUCCAUCGAGGACGAGUUGGACAGGACGUCGAAAGCUGAGGCGUACACGGUGCUCAUCAGCUAUGCUGUCAUGUUUUUCUACAUUUCAAUCGCACUAGGACACAUUAGAAGCAUCAAAACACUUGUGAUCGAUUCCAAAGUGACGUUGGCCGUUGGCGGAAUUUUGGUUGUCUUGAUUUCCGUCGCCUGUUCACUGGGAAUUUUCGGAUACGCAGGCAUUCCCACCACCUUAUUGGUUGUUGAGGUGAUUCCAUUUUUAGUGUUGGCUGUCGGGGUGGACAACAUUUUCAUCUUGGUGCAAAAGGUGCAGCGCGAACCGAUUCCGAAGAACAGCAAAGAGCCGGCCGAGCUGAUGGUGGGUCGCGCCCUGGGCAACGUGGGCCCUUCAAUGCUGCUGACGAGCGUCUCUGAAAUAACCUGUUUCUUUCUCGGCGCGCUCUCAGAAAUGCCUGCCGUGAACACCUUUUCCCUUUACGCCGGUUGCGCUUUGCUGAUCGAUUUCAUUCUGCAAAUCACCUGCUUCGUCAGUCUCCUCGUUUUGGAUACGAAACGACAAAUGUCAAAUCGCGUGGACGUUUUGUGCUGCUUCAAACCUAACCCAAAGAAAAGCUCAGGUGUUCCGCCUCAAAGCGAAAGCAGGGGACUCCUCUAUAAAUUCUUCAACAAAAUCUAUGCACCGUUUUUGAUGAAGGAACCGGUGCGCCUUGGGGUUUUGCUGCUUUUCUUUGCCUGGAUCUGCACGUCCAUUGCAGUUGUUCCUGUCAUCACUCCGGGCCUGGACCAGGAGUUGUCCAUGCCCGAGGACUCAUUUGUACUUAAAUAUUUCCAAUAUAUGAAAGAUCUGCUCGCGGUCGGUCCACCUGUGUAUUUUGUAGUGAAGGCCGGGCCAAACUACAGCUCGCCGUUCGUCCAAGAUGCAAUGUGCGGCGGACAAAGGUGUCGCUCCGACUCGGUUUUCACUGAGCUCUUCGCCGCUACCCGCAUCCCCAAAGACACUUACUUAGUAAAUGCGCCAUCCAGUUGGUUGGACGACUAUUUUGACUGGACGCUGGUCGAGGGCUGCUGCAAAUACUUCGCUCUGAACGACUCCUUUUGCCCACACAAUUAUGGAAUCCCACAAGGGUGCACCGAGUGCGAAAUCAGCUUCCGCAACGACGGAAUUCGCCCUGUCGUGCCAGACUUUGAAAAGUACAUUUCCUUCUUCUUGCAAGACAACCCAGACAGCAGCUGCGCCAAAGGAGGUCGCGCUGCCUACGCACAGGGCGUAAACUAUGUGCUGGACGAUGAGGGUUUCGGCACCGUCGGCGACACUUAUUUCAUGGGCUAUCACACGCCUUUGCGAACGUCGCAUGACUUUUACGAGGCUCUUCGGUCUGUCAGAGAAAUCUCCGCCAAGCUUAACGACCGGUUUAAGGAUAUUAACGGCACCGCCGGCAUCGAAAUGUUCCCAUACAGCGUGUUCUACGUCUACUACGAGCAAUACCUGACCAUUUGGGACGCGGCCCUGGAAUCGAUCGGUAUCUCCCUGCUGGCCAUUUUCAUCGUCACCUUCCUCUUGACCGGCCUCGACAUUGUGUCGGCCACUGUGGUUUUGGCCACCAUCCUUUCCAUCACGGUCAACAUGGCCGGAAUCAUGUACUGGUGGAACAUCGAGUUGAAUGCCGUCUCGCUGGUUAACCUCGUCAUGUGCUCCGGCAUUGCUGUGGAGUUUUGCAGUCACAUCGUGCACUCGUACACGCUGUCAAAGUUCAAGAACCCCAUCGAAAGGGCGCAGGACAGUUUGACUAAUAUGGGCUCCUCAGUCUUUUCUGGUAUCACACUAACCAAAUUUGGAGGAAUCGUUGUCCUUGCAUUUGCCAAGAGUCAAAUUUUCCAAGUGUUUUACUUCAGAAUGUACCUGGGCAUUGUAAUUGUUGGUGCGACGCACGGCCUCAUUUUGCUGCCGGUCAUUCUCUCAUAUGUCGGAAAAUGGACGAAGAGGAAACGCGUGCUCGCUUUUGACGAGGACGAGGAUGUGACGGACAUUAGUUCUGAAGACAAACCUUUGGGGUGGUCAUUUUGAUAUUAAAACAAUUGUAGUUUUAGGAAAUGGAACCAAUUUAUUUAUUUUCGUAAUUAGUACACGCGAACAUCUCAGCCCUUGUACGUAAUUACCAAUUGCGUUUUUUGAUUACAAUAAAUAAUAAAUGUUACGUUAACGUAUUUAUAGGAAAUCUUUCUUUUUGUACAGGUCUCUCCAGAAAUUAUAUACGUAUUUUGAACAAGAUUGAAUCGAGUUUAAAAGUUGGAAAGAUUGAUUAGGGCUCAUUCCGAUUUACAUAUUUUAA